AUGCGUGUUGAGAUUGAUGCUUUCGAGCUCAACAAUACCUGGAUCCUCACUCCUCUCCCUCCUGAUAAGAAGCCUAUUGGAUGUAAAUGGGUCUAUAAGAUCAAAUACAAUCCAGAUGGAUCCAUCGAACAAUACAAGGCUCGCCUCGUUGCCAAGGGUUAUAGUCAACAAGAAGGCAUUUACUACACCAAGACAUUUACUCCAGUCACCAAGAUGGCCACCGUUCGCACCAUUCUAGCACUUGCUUCCAUGCAUAACUGGCAUCUUCAUCAGCUUGAUAUCAAAAAUGGUUUCCUCUAUGGAGAUCUGGAAGAAGAAGUAUACAUGUAG